AUGGACACUCCCAUUGAUACCGUCAAGGAAGCAAAGAGACAUACGCAUACCUACAGCUUCUUCCGAGAGCCGUUGACCGCAUUAGAGGGUUUGAGUUCGUUAAUGACCGCUUUUUGCUUGAAGAGUUUCACGGACAAUUAUGGGAAUAUCUUGACUUUGUUGGAAACCGUGGUUGAUACUCCUGCUUUGCAAACUUUGAUGCAAUUUUAUGAUCCUGAAAUGAGGUGUUUCACGUUCCAGGAUUACCAGUUGGCUCCGAUAUUGGAAGAGUACUCUAUCAUUCUUAAUCUCAAGUCGAAUGGAGGUGUCUCGGGGUUCUCUUUAAAGUUCUUAGUGAGAAAAGCUAAAGAAGAAUUUGAGAAAAAGAAUUGGAAUGCGUAUAAUGCCUUGCUUGCUGUAGCCAUUUAUGGGAUUGUGAUGUUCCCAAGUGUUCCUAAUUUUGUAGGCUCGGCCGCAGUGCACAUCUUCAUGGGAAAGAAUCCUAUUCCUACAUUGUUGGCCAAUACUUAUUAUGCCGUUCAUUCCCGAUAUGAGAAAAGUGGUGGUGCCAUCACUUGUUGCCUUCAGCUGUUGUUCAUCUGGUUCCUCUCUUUGUUGCCCAGCAAAGGACCUUUUGUGAAGACAAGAGAUACGCUCAAGUGGACACACAGGGUUAUGUCACUUACUUCUUAUGAUAUUCAGUGGAAAAGGUACCGAAUUAAUGUUUCCGAGGACAAGCCGGCGGAUCAUUUGAUAGCGGAGACGGUCUAUUUUGAGAAGGGGUCGGAUCCAGAGAAAUUGGAGAGGAUAAUUGUGGCUUGGAAGAAGAUCCGUAAGCAUUAUGGAGCCCAUUUAGGAAAGAAAGAAUCGCUUACUCUGACACCGUAUGUUAAGUGGAUUGAAAAGCGAGUCGGAAGUUUGUUGUUGCCAUAUGAUAGAGUUGCACCACUUCAAAAGCAACCUCCUUUGAUUCUAUCCGAAUUUAUGCCGACAGAGCUUUACAAGAAUGCUUUGGCUACUAACUACAGGUUGCAUGAAAGAGAGCAAGAGACCAAUUUCAAAUUCUUGGAAGAGAGGGAGGCAAAGAUGAGGUUGAUGCACCAACUCAAGCAAGUCGAAGGCGCAAGUUCAAGUCAAGCCAGUACCCGGAGGUGUCCCUAUGAGUUGCUAGAGGAAGAUUUGUAUCAUAAGCAGCAAGAGUGUCUACAGUUACAGAGAUCAGAGAGUAGUCUCAAGAAGCAGAAGCGGGAUUCAGAUAAACAGCUAGCAGAAGAGAAGGCUAAGACUGCUCGACUUGAAGAAGAACUAAGAAGACUCCGAGCCCAGCGGAGAGGAGAUGGAGGAGCUCAUUAUGUUACCAGGCGGUCCUAG